AAGACAAAUAAAGCAGAAGAGAGGGAACAUCAUCCAAUUCACACAUACCAUAACACACCACCAUGAAUCAUGUCUCUUCAUCUCCUUAAAUAAUGCGCCUGUAAUCUAUACACAUACACGUCUACAAAGCUUAGUAUUUGUAUUUGUCUGCUCUUGCCAAGUUUUGCCUCUCGCUAUCAGGUCCACCACCACCAUCACCGCUUUCUGUCCUUCUCCUUCUCCUUCUCCUUCUCCCUCUCCUCCUUCUUCUUGUUCACUAUGGAUUCAUCACGUAGCUAGACAAUUUGGGUUUCUGUGUUUUUCGAAAUGUGUGCUCCGCUUUUCCCAUGAUUCAGGCACCAACAUAUCUGCUUUAUCUUUUCUCCGUAACAGCUCUUUCUCUCGCAAUUCCAACAAAACCCAGAAAAAGUUUGGCCAUUUUCCUCCACCCACCACCCCCCACCCCCCUCCCACCUUUCAGUGCCUGGUUUAGGCCCGCAGAGGGAGAGAAGGAAAAGUGUGUAAAUGACUAGAAAGGGGAGGGACAAGCAUGAAAAAGGCAGAGAAUAGAACCCAAGGAAGCAUAUUUACGAUACGUCUCGAUUGCAUGUACGGAAGGCAAAGACAAGUGUCCUGCAAAAUGACUAAAUAUUGUUAUGUGUAUGCACACACGCUAAUUCUCUUGAUUUCGUCUCUCAAUUGAUUCUAAGUUCCAAAAGCUCCCUUCCUUUUCACCACCAUCCUUAUAGAAGAAUAUUGACAGAAGCUAAAUAAUUAAAAAAAAAAAAAGUUUCUCAUCCUCUUUAUAUCUGUUUCACCAUGAUGACACCAUCCUCUAUCCUUCUCUCUCUCUCUCAUUCAUUCUCUUGUUUUUGUUAUCAAGUGUUGGUUGCUGGUGCCUCCACAGGCACCACAUAUCUUCCAUCUUCUGCACCACGUGUUCUAACGGCUAUUUAAAGCCCAUAACCAUGUUUGCAUUAUAAUUCACCAUUGUUGCUCAGCAAUCUCAUAUUUUUCCUUGCUGGGUUGUUCUUUUUCUUUCUCUUCUUGUUAGAGUUUAAUUUCUUUUGAUGGCUUGUUCUUGUUUCUGUUUUUUAAACUGAAUCCCAAGUUAAAAUUUCCUUAAAUUUUACCACCAAGACUCUCUUUAUCUAUUUGUUUCUCAUUUCCUGAAUUUGGUUGUUCUUGGUGGUGAAUUUGAAAAAUUUUUCAUCCCCCAUGGCUUUAAUUGUUCGAUUUCGAAAGCUAUGCUUUGUGGAGCCUGUGAGGUUCCAGUCGUAUGAAUCCCAAAAAUGCGAGAAGAAAGAAGAAAUUGUUGCCCCACCUACCAAAAAUGGCUUAGAAAUCAACAAGAAAAAGACUAAAAGAGGGCCCAGAGAAUUGAGUUGCAUAGACUACUGUUGUUGGAUGAUUGGGUAUCUGUGCACUAUUUGGUGGCUUCUGUUUUUCUUGUAUCACUGUUUGCCGGCCACAUUGCUUGGCUUUCAGGUCCCUGAAUCACCUGGAACAAGACUUAAACGUGAAGGCUUGAUUGCUCAGCAUCCAGUGGUUUUGGUACCUGGCUUUGUUACUGGAGGCCUGGAGCUCUGGGAGGGCAAGCCUUGUGCAGAAGGUCUUUUUCGAAAGCGACUUUGGGGUGGUACCUUCUCCGAGAUGUUCAAAAGGUCACUUUGUUGGUUGGACCACUUGAUUUUGCACAAUGAGACUGGUCUUGACCCGCCUGGUGUUCGAGUCCGUGCUGUCCCUGGACUGGCUGCAGCUGACUAUUUUGCUUCAGGGUACUUUGUUUGGGCUGUUCUCAUUGAGAAUUUGGCAAAAAUUGGUUAUGAAGGGAAGAAUCUCUUCAUGGCAGCCUAUGAUUGGAGGCUCUCUUUUCAGAAUACAGAGAUUCGGGACCAGGCUCUUACUAGAUUGAAGAGUAAAAUAGAACUUAUGUAUGUAACAAAUGGUUAUAAGAAAGUGGUAGUGGUUCCCCAUUCCAUGGGGGCCAUCUAUUUUCUGCACUUCCUUAAAUGGGUUGAACUAUCUCCUCUGAUGGGAGGUGGUAGUGGUCCAGGUUGGUGCAGCAAGCACAUAAAAGCAAUCAUGAACAUUGGUCCAACAUUUCUUGGUUCUCCAAAGAUGGUUACUAGUAUACUCACUACCGAGGGAAAAGACGUUGCAAGGUUCAGAGCUAUGUUAUCUGGUGUUUUGGAUUCUGAACUUCUCGGGAUUCAGACUGUAGAGCAUGUCCUGCGGGUGAGUCGAACAUGGGAUUCAACUGUGUCAUUGCUGCCUAAAGGAGGAGAGACUAUCUGGGGCAACCUGGAUUGGUUUCCUGAAGAAGGGCAAGUUUGUGUUUGUUCAAAGAAGAGAUCCCUGCUAACCUCGACAAAUGAUAACAGCACGGAUGUGAAAGGAGGUUUACAAGUGAAAGAGUCAAAUAAGUAUGGAAGGAUAGUUUCUUUUGGCAAGUCAGCAUCACAAUUACCAUCCUCGGAGCUUCCCUCUUUUGAUACAAAGGAAUUUUUUGGUUUGCAUAUGGACAAGAAUUCAGGGUCCUCAUGUGGACAGGUUUGGACUGAAUAUGAUGUGAUAAACAGGGAAAGUAUACGAAAAUUUGCAGAAAACAAAGCUUUUACAGCUGCAACUGUUUUUGAUUUACUUCGUUUUGUGGCUCCAAAAAUGAUGCAACGUGCUGAGUCUCAAUUCUCUCAUGGGAUAGCUGACAACCUUGAUGAUCCUAAGUAUGAACAUUACAUAUACUGGUCUAACCCACUAGAAACCAGGUUACCUGAUGCACCAGAUAUGGAGAUAUACUGCUUAUACGGGGUUGGCGUUCCUACUGAAAGGUCAUAUGUAUUGAAGAUAUCCCCAGCUGAUAGGUGCAAGAGUAUUCCAUUCCGGAUUGACACCUCAGUUGAUGGAGAAGAGGGUAGUUGCUUGAAAAAUGGAGUAUAUUUAGUUGAUGGGGAUGAAAGUGUUCCCGCACUGAGUGCUGGCUUUAUGUGUGCCAAAGGUUGGAAAGGAAGAACCCGGUUCAACCCAUUCGGCAGUCGCACAUACAUAAGGGAGUAUCAACACAAACCAUCAUCAAGCCUGCUUGAGGGAAGAACUACAGAGAGUGGAUCACAUGUUGACGUCUUGGGAAAUUAUGCUUUUAUUGAAGACGUACUAAGAGUUGCAGCUGGAGCCACAGGUGCUGAGAUUGGAGGUGAUAGGAUUCAUUCUGAUAUCUUGAAAAUGUCAGAGAAAAUAAAUCUUCAGUUGUGAUUAUAUUAGAGGUAUAGACACAUUAACCACGAUAACUGGAGUUUACCAUCUUCAUUGCACAGAAAGAGUACUACAUAUGUAGAGUUGCUGAUUGAGGUUUGUUCAUAACUGCAUUUACUAUUGAAACUACCGUGGAAGAGUUAAAAAGGUGCAAGAGUUUAUGGGGUUCCUAGCUUGAUGAUAGAACUACGUCUGCGUGAGUGUGAAGGAUAUGAGUUCAUAGGCAAGCUGGAAGCAUAUAAGCUCUAGCUAUAUUCAGGGAGUGUCCUACAGGAAAUCACUAGUGCCCUGGUAGACUGGUACUGUUGUGAGUGAGAUUUGACAAGCUGGGUGCCCAUUUUACCUGAGUUUAUCAUCAAAUAAAGGAUAAAUCUUGUUUUUCUUGAUAAAAAUCGAGCGAUCAAAGCUUUGUAAUCUUCUUUUUGGCAAAUAAUCUACUCAUGAAAAAUUGUUUUAAUGAAAUAAAGAUUUUGGUUUCCUAGUA